CACAGUCCAACAUCAAAAUGCGUUUCCUCGCUGUCGUCGCCCUGCUCGCCUCGUUGACGGCCGCCCGUCCCGCGGAGAACGGGAUGUUCAAUAUCGAGCUCUCGUGCGUUGGGUUGAACGACAGAGCGUGCGUUGCUAACGCGACGAGCGGCAUGGGAUGCUGCGUUCCCUUGUAUUGCGGGGCUGAUCAUCGGUGCCAUCGUCCUUGAUUUUGGGGUCGCAGUUCGUGGCUGAGUUUUGGGGGUGGGCUGGUUGCUGGGUUAUUAGGUCGUGGGCCAUGGAUCGUGUGAUAGGAGGUUGCAGUUCAUGGGG